GUUUGGGGUAAAAACACCCAAAACCACACAUUGACCCCAAAAAGGAGCCAGGGGGACCAACAUCCCCAUCCACCCAAUGUCCUCAAUGAAUCAACGUCCCCAACCACCCCGUGUGCCCAUGGAGCAGCUCUCUCCCUCUGGGCAUCUCACCCCAUCGCCCAUCUUUGCUGCAGCUGCGUUUUGGGUAAAAAAACAGCAAAACCCACUGCCGCCAACGCGGGGUCUCCAAGCACCUACCUGCACCCACAGCGCAGCCCUGCGAGCUGUACCUGCACAGGGAAGAACCGUGAGCACCCAAGAGGUCCGAGCCCCAUCCUGAAGCGCUGAAAGUCCCCUCUCCGCCUUUGGGUCCUCCCCACGUGGACCCCUCUCAUUCCCUCGAGGUCACGGAGGAACCCCCCAUUUCUGCAGCAAUGGAUCCGCACCACGGAGCCAAGGACGCAAGUUCCAGACUGAAAUGCAUUAAGGACAAACUGGUCCCCAUCGCGGGCACGGUGCUGGUGGCAGCGCUGCUGAUCGCCGUCAUUGCGCUGGCAGCCCAGAAACGCCCCUCGUGCUCCCCGUGCCCCACGGCCGGUCCCCUGCCCCCCAGCUGCCCCCCGGAAUGGAUCGGGGUCGGGACGCAGUGCUUCUAUUUCGUGGAGGACCCGGCGGACUGGGACGGGGGGCAGCGCUUCUGUCUGUCCCGCGGAGCGCGUCUGGCUGCCGUGGAGAGCCCCCAGGAACUGGGCUUCGUGCUGCGCUACGGGCGCUCUGUGCAGUACUGGCUCGGGCUGCGCAGGGAGCGCUCGGGGCUGUGGAUGUGGUCCAAUGGGUCUCGCUUCAAUAACACGUUCAGCAUCGCGGGCAGCGGUCACUGCGCCCACACGGACGGCGGAGGGAUCGGCAGCGAUGGGUGCUCCCGCCCCAAACGUUCCGUCUGCGGCCGCCCCCAGUGGGGGGCGCGGGGGGGCACGGAGCCGUGAGCCGACCUCUGUCCAUCCCGACAUCCCCCCUCCCCCCUUCAUCCCAUCCUGGGAUUUCUGCCCCUCUCUUGAAAAAAAUGGGCUUAAAAAUGACGAAAUCUGGUCAAAAAUGCAGCGUGUGGUUGGAGGAGGGGAGAGGAGGGACACCCCCCCCCCCUCACAGAGGCGCCCCAAUUAGUUCCGUUUCCUUAAUUAAAUGGGAGUAGGGUUAAAGCAAGUGGUGAAAAUGGGUUAAAAAACACGAAACGGGGUGAAACGAAGCGCUCGGCUCCAGGAUCUGUCAGGAAACGCCCGUAAAAUUAACAUUUUUCUUUUUUUAUUAUUAUUAAAAUGGAUUUCUGGGG